CAACUUCAAAGGUCUUCCCCUCUUCUCUAUUACUCUAAUGUGUGAUCUCAACUGGUGUCCCUCUUGCGAUAAAGCAAUUUCUCCAGACUCGAAAUCUCUGUACUGUUCAAUGACAUGCUUACAACAAGACGCACUUAACAAGAACCCAUUGCUGGGCUAUGAUUUUUCUGAUUUCCGUGAUUUUCUUCCUCCCUUGAAGAAUUGCCAUUAUAAUAACACAUAUGUACCUGAAUCAGAGCUUGGAUCAGACACUGGGGAAGAAGAUGAAGACGAGGAAGAAGAAGAAGAGGAUAGAGAUACAUUGCAAACUCCGGAUAUUUCACCGUCUCAUAUAGUAGAAUUCUCAAGUGCGCCAAACUACAGUAAUUCAUUCACAUCUUAUAAAAAAUUGCUGGACGAAGAAAAUAAAAACAGUCUGUGCCGGAUAUGGGGCAACCAUUAAUCAAAACCCGUUUAAGACUUAUGUGUGUAUAUAAAUAUAAAAGACAUUAAAAAUUAUUAAAGAGAUAUAUAUUUAACAGACUUU